AUGAAUUUUUACAACACCCGCGAAGGGAGCUUUUUGGAGCUGGAAUGUUGUAAAGAAAGUGUUCGCGGAGGUUAAAAUAUCAUUUUUCAGCAGGGAAGGAAAUAGGGUCCCCUAGCUCGGUACUGAGUGUACUUGCUGAUUAUCUCAGCAAACUCACCGAUGUCGAUGAUUGGGGCAUACGUUCAGAUAUGUUUCAGUGGCUUAACACCUUAUGGGUUCCUUUCACGGUUGAUAGGUUUGCCACAUGGUACAACACUAAAUGCAUUAGGUUCAAUUCCCGCUUCUGGAACCCAGGGUCUGAAGGGGUUGAUGCCUUUAUUCAAAAUUGGCAGGGAGAAAACAAUUGGGUGGUACCCCCUCCGAACCAAAUAAUCAGGGCAUGGUGUCACUUUGAGCUAUGCAAAGAUAAGGGAGUACUCAUAAUACCCCUUUGGAAAGGGGCUUCGUUCUGGCCCUGCAUUUGCCCAGAUCGCACCCAUCUUUCUAAGUGCGUGAUUGACUGGGUUGGAGUACCCGAAUUCCAUUUAGCUGCUACGACUAAGGGCAGGUCUUACAAUUCUUUGUUUCAUGGUGAAAAGCUAGAGUUUAAACUUAUAGCAUUGUAUGUUAAUUGGCAGUCUGUGCGAAAAGGCAACAGUGAUAGGGGGUUUUGUUUGUCAGCGAAAGGUUUGUGCGAACACUGUACCAAAGGUUAAGCUAGCGUUGAUAUAUACAUAGUAUUUCCGCGGGUACUUGUACAGCAAUAAGCCCACAGGUGGCUCUUCCUUGCUCACAGGUGGCUUUCUCGUGCCCACAGGUGGCAAUUAAAGAACAUACGAUUUUAUUUUACCCCUCUUCAUAGGAAAGGUACCACUUGUUUACAGGUGACAUUGAAAUUAGGAGUCCAUAGACGACAUCACAUCAAGUUGAGAGAUAAUACUGAUUAUAUAUUAAUAUGCUUUAAGCUAUCGGUAGCGCUAUCUUAACAUCAUUGUAAUACUGGUUAAUCGCUUAUAGUUUUACAGAAACAUGUAAUGCUAUAUCACAUCACGCACAGUCUAUUUUCUUUCUUACAGGUCUAAAUAUUUUCAGCCAAGGUCUAUGGAAAGAAAUUCAUUUCCGUUUGAAAUCCAGUCAUGGAGAAGUUACUUCUGUUGAGCUAUUUAAAGGGUUGCAGCAAACAGCCCUUUCAUCCAAAGCCUAA